CCGCCUGGUCUAUAUUAUUAUUAUUAUUAUUAUUAUUAUUCUAUUUUAUUGGGCCCGUGUCUUUGAACUGCAUGGGGGGUUAUAGCUCAAUGAGCCCGGUCACUUCUCCUAUAUAGAACACUCUUUUUGGUGCUUUGAUUGUGUAGUCUACAGAUAUUUCCUUGUUGGGCCCCUCGUGUCUCCUUAUGUUCCUUCUGAGUCUCUGUAGUUGCUUGUAUGUCACCAGUGAUUAUAUCUGCUUGUUUUUGUCUGCCUCAGUCCUUCUGAGUCUCUUAGUGGCUCCUUAGUUUGUUUCUGUGUGGUCAUUUUGAGUCUCUUGCUUGGUAUGUUCCUCUUUUGAGGGACAUUUUGUGAAGAGCGGGGAGGCUCCGGACCCUUUGGGCCUGUUGGCCUUUUGCCCAACAGGCCCGUCCAGUAAUCCAUCCAUGGUGAACCGCACCACCUCUCUAAAUACUUAAACGCCUAACUAGUUUUCAGUGUCUGGUUGCAGUCAGGAGAGGAAGCCAACAAUGGCCCGGCUAGCGUCUUCUCUGGGACUGAUGUGCCAGGUCAAUGCUUUUGCCGGCCUGGUUCUCUGCUACCUGCUCUUCCUGCUGCUGGGGGGUCUGGUGUUCACGAGCGUGGAGAAGCCAGUCGAGAAGGAGCUGAGGGCCGAGGUGGCGGCGCUGCGCCGCUCCUUCCUGCGGGAGAACCCGUGUGUCCAGGAGAGCGAGCUACGGGAGCUGCUGGGAAAAGCUUUCUCUGCUCACCGGAGCAACGUGGCGGUUCUGAAGGCCGACGUCGACGAGAGGCGCUAUGACUUCACGUCAUCGCUCUACUUUGUCAUCGUCACUCUGACCACCAUGGGUUCUGACUCUUACACCCCCAAAUCGGAUGAGGCCAAGCUCUUCUGUAUCUUCUACUGCACCCUGGGGAUCCCCCUCACCCUGUUGCUCCUCACCCUCCUCUCCAAGCUCCUCCUCCCCGUGGUCACCCAUGCUCCCGUCCACCACCUGCACACUUACUGGGGUCUGCCCUACUGCCGGGCCGCCCUCGUCCACGCCGGCCUCCUCUCCGUGCUCGUCCUCUCCCUCCUUUUCCUCCCCCCCUCCCUCCUGGUCUGCGCAAUGGAGCCCAGCUGGAGCUUCCUGGAUGCUCUUUUCUUCUGCUUUGUGGUUCUAAGCACCGUCGGCCAGGGAGGGAACUCUCUGGGGAGGAACUGGAGCCCUUCAGCCAAGGAGACACUGCACCUCCUCACCACAUGUUACCUGUUGGUGGGCCUGGUGGUGAUCAUUACCUUCAAGGAAACAGUGCUGCAGGUUCCCCGGGUCUCUGCGGUGAUGAGGCUCUUCUCUGGGCCGCAGUAUGCGGAGCUGGAGGGCGUCCACCUCAGUGAACUGACACUUACUGAGGAAAGCUGUGAGGAGGAGCCUCAGUACUCGCAGUCCAUCUGCACCGUCUCCUCCACUCAGCUGACGGGCCCCGCUGUCACGCAUGUAGCCCCCUGACCUUCAAAGCUGGACCCCAGACCCUCCAACGCCAGACAGCUUCUGACUUGUAACCGCUGUGUAGAUCCGAAAUGUUUUGUCUUUGUUACACUGCCUCCUGGUGUACUGGAAGAUGCACUCAUUGAUUGUUUUUGGCCACACGGAGGCAGUAGAACCAGGUAAAAACAACAUUUAGAUGGGUCCUUUUACAGUAGGUGAACAACCACCACUUCUACAUGGCUUGUUGAACCGCAUGUUUUCUGAUGAUAAAACAAGAAAACUGACUGGUUUCUUUUAUUUUACAGUUAGUGGAAUUCCAAACCCCCAGAUGUGUGAGCACAAGCAUUGCAACCGGAUUUCUCAU